UCAUGUUCCAAGCAGAUUUUGAUGAUGGAAAGUUGGAUGCUGAUGAUCCUUAUUAUGCCAGGUGUUUGGAGUGGAGAUUGGAGCGUGACCUUUGAAAAUCAGUGUGCUUUGAAAGGGACGUCAGUAGUUAUGAAGUGCAGCUAUGACUACCCUUCUGGUCGAAGAGUCACUAGAGUGGACUGGUAUAAAGCCCUAUCUAUCCAAGGCCAAAGGAGGCUGUAUCCCCUCUCUCGUCUCUUUUCACCCCGGGACUUUAAAUACGUGGGUGACAAAAAUAGUAACUGCAAUCUAAAGAUCAACAAUGUCCAACUCGCUCAUGAGGGACUAUACCAUUUUGGAUUUGUGACAACAUCAGACAGAUGGACAAGCAAAACCCAUGCUAAUUUGAAUGUUAAAGAGUUAACCGCUGUCAUAAAUCCGAGCACUGUGAAAGAGGGUGAUGAUGUCAACCUGACCUGUGUGUCCGGAUGUGCACAUACAACCAUUUCCUGGUUAAAAGAAGGACGGCCUGUGCCCAAACCAGUACAGGCCAGUAAAGAGGAUGCUGGGACGUACUUCUGUGCUGUCCAGGGACAAGAGACAGUCAGAUCCAACUCUGUGACUCUGAAUGUUCAGUACGGCCCAAUGAACGUGUCAGUUUCAGUGGAUCCUCAACAACCUGCUGAAGGCAGCAGUGUGAAUCUGACCUGCAGCAGUGAGGCCAACCCUGCAGCCGACAACUACACCUGGUUCAAGAGGACAGACUCUUCCAGCUCCAGCACAGUGCUCCAGGUGGGUGGGGGACAAGUGCUGUCUCUUCCCUCUAUGACGGCGUCGCACACUGGACUCUACCUCUGCCGGGCCAGGAACAGUGUGGGGGAAGACAACUCAGCUGAGAUGCUACUGACCAUGAUUAGAGAGGACCACGGCAGCCAGACGCACCAGAUCAUAGCCGGAGUAGGAGUCGUUGUUUUGGUGAUUCUUGUGGUAGCACUUCUUUUGUACUGGAAAAAGCAAAGAACCCAUGCAGCGGAAAAACAGACUGUGUUCGGCUCCAGGAUUAUUGGAGAGGGCUUGAGUUCUUCAGCCACAGAAGUUCAGCAGGACGCUGUUUACGCCAACAUCCAGAGAUCGUCCUCGCAUCCGAGGAACACACACCACAAACAUAACGUUCCCUUUUCUGUUGAAGCUGAACUUAUCUACACAACAGUGACCAGCAAACCCAGAAACAAGAGCAGAGCUCCAGAAGAGUCCAGGGCCACAGCAGGAGAAACUAAUGAUUCUGUGAUCUACUCGACUCUGGUUCAAUCAAGCUGAUCCAGAUGUGAAUACAAGAACAACAGUCUGCAGCCCAGUGUUUGUUAAAAGACUGAAAAUACCUUUUAUUCAUUCUUUGGUUUUAUGAUGUUUUUAUUAUAACACUGUGUUCCUG